UAUGCGGGCAGCAAGCAUGCCGUGGAAGGGAUCACGAAAUCCGCUGCGCUCGAGGCCGCCUCGGCGCGCGUUCGCGUCAACGCCGUCGCUCCGGGCCCGACCGACACAGGCAUGUUGGACCGUUUCACCGGCACGCCGGAGAACAAGGCCUCGCUCGCGGCAACGGUUCCGCUCGCGCGCAUCGGCAGGCCCGACGACAUCGCCGCGGCGGUGCUCUACCUGGCGAAUGACGGUGCUGCGUUUGUCACAGGGCAGAUCCUCACGGUCGACGGCGGCAAGACAGCGGGUUGA